GAAGUUAUAUUUUGUUCAGAGCACAUCUCAUAUGCACAUCAGAAACGGCUCACUCAUGCACUCAUUAUUAAUCUAAAGUACAUGUGAAUCAAAGGAUAUGUCUCUGAAAGGGAACAACAUUGGGAUAUCCAACGGACUUCAGACCCUGGCUGUUUCAGAUGGAGAACUGAAUGUACUGGAAACAGAUGAAUGGUCAGUAUCACAGUACUCCAGCAAUAACACCAGUCUGCCAACCGUGCCCAGUGAAGGGAGCAGUGGGGUGGGUCAGGUAGCCAGCUGGGCCGUCAGCUUUGAGAGGCUCCUGGACGACCCAACAGGCGUACACUACUUCACAGCAUUUCUGAAAUCUGAGGUCAGUGCUGAGAACAUCUUGUACUGGCUGGCAUGUGAAAAGUUUCGCAAGAUACCUGCGCAUCAAACUGAGAAGCUUAAGAGACAGGCAUCCUCGAUAUAUAACACUUUCCUGUCCAGCAAUGCAACGUCUCCCAUCAACAUAGAUGACAGAGUACGAGUCGAGGAGAAAGAUGUACAAAAUCCUCAUCCUGAUAUCUUUCAAAAAGCCCAACAACAGAUCUUCAAACUGAUGAAGUUUGACAGCUAUACUCGUUUUGUGCGCUCACAGCUCUAUCAGAGCUGCAUGCUAGCGAAUGUGGAGGGAAGGCCUCUGCCAGGCCUGGACCCCCGUGGCAGACCCCUCACAACAACAAAAAACACCAGCAGCACUUCACCCAAAGAGCAUGUCAAAUUCGAUAAAACUAAGGAGAGGUUAAAGGUGAAGCCGGGAACAGCAGAUGGUGAUGAUGUGGUAGAGAGGAGGAAGGUCAAUUUGCAAAGCAUGAUUGGAAAGGACAAGCGAAAAGAGAAGAGAGGGUCCUGGGGAGAAUCACCUAUUAGCUUCAAGACUGGACUUGUGAAGAGUUCAGAGGUUGAGAAAUUAGUGGCACGCUCUGCAGAUGGAAGGGUAGAUAAGUACUGCUGCGUCUUUCUGCCUGAUGGUACGGCUUCUCUGACCCCGGCCCGACCUGGUGUAACCAUCCGCAAGAUGCUCACCAGCUUGUGUGAAAAAAGAGGCCUUCCUCUGUCAGACAUCAUUAUCUAUCUACAUGGCAAAGACAAACAACCACUGUCACUGGACCAGGACAGCUCAGUGCUGAAGGACCAGCAAGUGUUUUUGGAACUGAGGGUCACGUUUGCAGUGAAGGUAGCCUUCACAGGAAAGACGGUGGCCAUUGUGGUGAAGUCCAAUAAGACCCUGCAGGAUGCCCUCACAGCAAUGCUUCAGAAAUACCGCCUAAGGUCACAGGAUGUCACUGUCACCAUGAGUGGAACUGGACAGAUAAUAAAUAUGAACACUGCAGUAACCUCUCUGGCCAAUAAGAAACUAAUUCUAGAUAAAGGUGUAGAUCAGGCCAGCAGCUUAAAAGGGAACUUCUCGCCACCUUCAUUACAAGAUCGGAGAGGUGCUGUGGAUGCAAACAUGUUCCUUCCAGGGAUUUCCAGAUCAACUGCCCGGCAGAGGAACCCUGGAUUGAGGAGAACCUAUGACAUGGAGGGUUUGGUGGAGUUGUUAAACCGGGCUCAGUGCUGUAGUGCUGAUGAUCAGCGAGGCCUCCUGAAGAAAGAACAUCUAAUGCUACCUCAGUUCCUCCAGUUACCCCUGGAAGAUGUGGAGGAAUCUGAGACAAUCAGGUCACUGGAGGAAUCCUGCUCCAGUAUGGAAUCUCUUGAAGUAGAUUCUCCUGCAGAACAAUCAGAAACAUUAGGGAAGGAACAAUCAGAGAAUGAGUGCUCUAACCCGGCUCGAGAAACUGUGGUGUGAGCUGAACAGACUUUUUACAUCCUUUGCUUUAAUGAUCUGUCACACUGGAGCAUGACAAAUAGAGAAUGAUGUUUAAGGAAUAUGUACAGGAUGGUCUUUAAUGAUGGACAAUGUCAUUAGAAUGUUUUUUUUUUUUGAUAAAGCAAUGCUAUGAAAUAUUGUUUACAGUCUAUGUGAUUCUGCACGUUAAUGUCCAGCUGCUUGUAUUUAUUUCUAAAUGAUUCACUUAACUAAAAUGCAUUCUAUCUGUUUUCAUUGCGUAUUGGCUUAAAGGUUCCACUGAAGUCACUGGAAACUGGUUUUGAUAAAAAAUUAUUGUGAACAAUUUACUCUGUUAAAAUUAGUUAAUGCAUUAGUUAUCAUGAGGGAACAGUUUUUAAGCAUUUAUUAAUCUAGAUUCAUUUUAAUUUAUAAAUGUAUAAACUUGCAUUUAAUAUUAAAAACAUUCGUGUUUAAUGACUUUGACAGUUUUCUUAAUGUACAGUAAGGUUUCUGGGUGAAACAGGAUAUUUUUUUAUAAACAAAGGACAGGACUAGAUGAUUUUUUUUUUGUUGUGAUUUUUUUUUUUUUUUUUUUUUUCUGAUUGGAUCAUGAAAAGUAGGGUUCCAUCGAGUGAUUCCAUUCCAGAGUGAGUGGAGUUUUGGAGGCUCAAGUUCACCCUUAAGUGUUAAGCGUGAUCAAAUUGUAAUUGACCUAUUGGUUAGCCCCUCCCCUGGAACGCAGAUGGGCCAAUGGAAGUCAAGUAUUGGUUUAGUUGCAUGGGGAGUGGAACUCGGACAUCUGUAGGUUUCAACGCCAUAAUAAAAAAUUUGGAAGAUCUUUAA